UCUAUCUAUAUCUAUUGAUAUAAUAAUACUGCAUAUACUUUUUGAUAUUCUAGUUCUACGAUUUCCAAGAUGUUGAGAGUUAUUCUUAAUUUCUUUUCUUCUUCUUCCUCUAAAAUAUACAUACAUGAUGAUAUACAAGAAGAGAUCUUAUUAAGAUUACCACACGAAUCUUUGGUAACAUUUAAACGUGUGUGUAAAUUAUGGUACAACAUCAUUACGAGCAAAUCAUUUAUAAGUAAGCACUUUCAAUAUCACUCCAAAACCACUUCACACAAUACUACUUUUGCCCUAAUUUUUACAGAUAUCAUGUCCAUGCCAAGAUUACUUGAGCCUAAACUUGUCUCCAUAUCUUCUGUUGAUGGUGAACAUUUAAGCCGAUUUACGAAAAUUUUCACAAAUGAAAAAUAUUAUACAACACUCCCAUUCGCGCUUCAUUGUAAUGGGAUCGUUUGUAUUCCGUAUCUUUUACUUGAAGAAAGUACUAAAAACAUCUUUUUCUUCAAUCCAACACUAAGACAAUCCAAGAUAAUCAAGGGACUAGUUGGCAUAUCAAAUGAAAUAGGAUGUGGAUUUGGGUACGAUCGAAGAAGAGAUCUUUACAAGUAUAUUUCGAUCACAAUACUUAAAAAUACUUUUCAUUAUACAGUUCAUAUCCUUACUCUUAGUAAUAGUACUUGGAAAACGAUUAAUGUUGAGGCAGAUGAUAAAAAUAUGUGGAUAGGAAAAUAUUGUUAUGGUAAUAGUGUGCAUUUAAACUCAAUUAUUUAUUGGGUCAAAUCUAAAUGUGUUGUUACAUUUGAUCUGUGUGAUGAGAAAUUUGAUAUGAUACCAUUUUCAAAUGAAAUUAUGGAGCAUAAUUAUUUUCCAUUCGCAAAUAAAAAACUAGUUGUGUGGAAAGAUGAAUCGGUUGUGUUGUUUGUUGGGGGAGUUACAAGUGUGCAGAUGUGGGUAUUGGUAGUAAGUAAUUGGAGUUGGAGAAAGCAUCUUAUAAUCGAUGCGACACCGUUUAAUCGGUUAAGGCCCUUGGAGUUUUGGAGUCAUGAAGAGUUGCUCAUGUUGCCCGAAGACAAACCUAUAAUUUCAUAUAAUAUUCGAACCAACACCAUUAGGAAGUUGAAAAUUCAUCCAUGCUUGCAUUUUUUGAAUUUGUUGUGUAAAAAAUCUUUAGUUUCGGUAUUCAAUAAUUAGAUGUGUUUGUAUUUUCAUUAUUAUCUACUUAAUUUAGUUGAACUAAUCUAAUUUCAAUAAAUAAUGUUAUUUCAAUUUUAUUCAUAUGCAAUACUUGUGGUAUAUCAUUAUUAUGUAGUUAGAUAAUUAAUGGGUGAAUUUAUACUUAUUUCAUUGUUACUAUUUCUUAAUUCUUAAACCUUGAACUAUUAUUAUUUUUUAGAACAUAUAAGUAAAUAUUUUUGAGAACAAUAAAGUUGUUUCAUGAGAAGUAUUUUUGUUGGCUUGAGACAUUUAAUUAUAAUAAUGUAAAUUGAUAAGAAAAAGGAUACUGAUAAAGAGAUAUUUAAAUUAGCGUUUCAUAAACAGUACGAUAUGCUCAUAAGAGCAGUUUCAAUAUUAAUGUUUAUGUGUUGCUUGUCGAAAAUAAACCUACUUCAAAUGGUGGCCUCCCACCAUAGUAGUCUUGAUUUAUUUUAAGUAAGGGACAAUAGUAAUGAUUUUAGAGUUGCUUAGUAUUAAAUACGACACACGACACGAAAAUAUAAAUUUCUUAUCACGAAAAUAUGAUACGUAAGCACAAAAUAAAACACGAAUUAAAAUUCAUAAAAUUAUUUUUAUUUAAUAAUUUAUCUACUAUUUCGUAUAAAAGUACUUUAUUUAUAUAUUUUAAAACUAUAUAUAUUUUUGAAAUUAAAUUAUUUUAAUAUAUGUAGUAUACCGUUUUUAACAUACUCUUUGUCAAGCGAAGUUCUAAAUUACGUUGG